AUGUGGAAAGAUUUAGAGAGAAGACACAAAGAAAGAAGAAAUGCAACAAGUAUAACAGAAUUUAUCUUAAUUGGAUUCCCCAAUCCUUGGGAAAUAGAGAUUAUCCUUUUCCUGUUGUUUUUCCUCAUUUUUGUGGCAGCAAUGAUUGGGAAUACCCUUAUUAUAAUUCUGAUUUCAUCAGAUUACCGCCUCCAGUCACCAAUGUAUUUCUUCCUGGGUAACCUGUCCAUGAUUGAAAUCCUGAUAACCCUAACAGUGGUUCCAAAGAUGUUGCAAAACUUCUUAUUGGAAUUGAAGAAUAUUUCCUUCUCUGGGUGUUUAAUUCAAUCAUACUUCUAUUUUCUGUUUGGUACAUCUGAAUAUGUCCUAUUGGCAAUGAUGUCUUAUGAUCGGUUUGUAGCCAUAUGCUAUCCACUUCACUAUACUAUCAAAAUGAAUGGGAAGGUCUGUAUUUCUCUUGUAUUAGCUUCCUGGAUGAGUGGCUUCUUUUCCAUUCUUACUCCCACUGUGAUGAAGUUGGGUUUGCCCUACUGUGGACCCAAUGUAAUCAAUCACUUUUUCUGUGACAGUGCCCCUUUGCUUCACUUAGCUUGUGCUGAUAUCCACUUACUAGAGUUUAUUGAUUUCCUUGUCUCACUUCCUGUUAUUCUAGGUUCCCUUUUACUGACACUGAUCUCUUACAUUUACAUUCUAAAUACUAUCCUGCAAAUUCCUUCUGCUACAGGAAGGCAAAAGGCCUUUUCAACUUGUGCUUCUCACCUUACAGUUGUUUCAAUUGGCUAUAGCACCUCAAUCUUCAUUUAUGUCAGGCCUUCUCAAACUAGCUCCAUGAAUCUCAAUAAAAUUGCCUCUUUGAUCACUACUGCAAUAAUACCUCUGCUAAACCCCAUCAUAUUCACUUUUAGAAAUCAGAAAGUCCAAGAGGUUUUUAGAGACUUUAUUAAAAAGCUCACAGACAGGACAAAACAAUUAGAGUGA